AUGGAAAAGGUGGACACAAGUAAGCGGUUGGCCCAACUCCGCGAGCUGAUGCGCGAGCACAAGGUGGAUGUCUACAUCGUGCCUUCAGAAGACAGCCACCAGUCGGAAUACAUUGCUCCGUGCGAUGCGAGAAGAGCCUAUAUCUCUGGCUUCACGGGGUCCGCUGGUACCGCUGUCGUCACCCUCGAGAAAGCAGCUUUGGCCACAGACGGGCGGUAUUUCAACCAGGCCUCUAAGCAGCUCGACGACAACUGGCACUUGCUGAAACAGGGCAUGGAGGAUGUUCCAACCUGGCAGGAAUGGACUACAGAGCAAGCAGAAGGCGGGAAGACAGUCGGGGUCGAUCCCACCGUUAUUACAGCCUCGGAUGCUCGCAAGCUCAGCGAGACACUGAAAAAGAAAUCACACGCGACCCUGGUCGGAAUCUCCGAGAACCUGGUCGACAAGAUCUGGGCAGACCGACCACCACGGCCGACGGAACAGGUAAUUGUCCUGUCGGAAAAGUACUCGGGAAAGUCUUAUCGAGAAAAGCUUGAUGACCUGCGGAAGGACCUCAAGAAGAAGAAAGCCGCCGGGAUGGUCGUAUCCAUGCUUGAUGAGGUCGCCUGGCUAUUCAACCUACGAGGUAACGAUAUCCCUUACAACCCGGUCUUCUUCUCCUAUGCCGCCAUCACACCCGACUCCGCCACCAUCUACAUUGACUCUUCCAAACUCGGUCCAGAAGUCAAGGAGCACUUGGAAGGCACGGUGACCAUCAAGCCGUACGAUGCGCUAUUCUGCGAUCUCACCACCAUCGCCGAAGCCGCUGCCAGUGAAUCUCAAGCCAACGGCGCCACCAAGAAGCCCCACUCUCCCAAGCUAUUGUUGUCCAACAAGUCCUCAUGGGCGCUCUAUCUUGGCCUCGGCGGCGAAGACAAGGUCGAGGAGUCUAGGAGCCCCAUCGCCGACGCCAAAGCCAUCAAGAACGCCACAGAGCUGGAAGGCAUGCGCCAAUGCCACAUUCGCGACGGCGCAGCCUUGUCCGAAUACUUCGCCUGGCUAGAAUCCGAACUCCAGAGCGGUUCAUGGAUUGACGAAGUCCAAGCCGCAGACAAACUGGAAGAGAUCCGCUCCAAAGGCCAACACUUUGUAGGCCUGUCAUUCGACACCAUCUCCUCGACGGGCCCCAACGCCGCCGUCAUCCACUACUCGCCCGAACGCGGCAAUUGCUCGACCAUCGACGCCAACCUGAUCUACCUCUGCGACUCGGGCGCCCAAUACCUCGACGGCACGACAGACACUACCCGCACGCUACACUUCGGCACGCCCUCAGAGAUGGAAAUCAAAGCCUACACUUUAGUCCUCAAGGGCGUGAUUGCCCUCGACCGCGCCGUCUUCCCCAAAGGCACGACAGGGUUCGCCAUCGACGCGUUCGCUCGCCAGCAUCUCUGGCGCGAGGGCCUCGACUACCGCCACGGCACGGGCCACGGCGUCGGCUCGUACCUCAACGUGCACGAGGGCCCCAUCGGCAUCGGCACGCGCGCCGCCUACAGCGAGGUCUCGCUCUCCAUCGGCAACGUCGUCUCCGACGAGCCGGGAUACUACGAGGACGGCAACUUCGGCAUCCGCAUCGAGAACAUGAUCAUGGCGCGCGAAGCCAAGACGAACCACAAGUUCGGCGACAAGCCCUGGAUCGGGUUCGAGCAUGUGACCAUGGUGCCAAUGUGCCGGAAGUUGAUUGAUCCGAAGCUACUGGACCCGGAGGAGAGGGAGUGGUUGAACAGUUACCACGCAGAGGUGUGGGAGAAGACGAGCGGAUACUUUGAGGGAGAUGAGCGGACGACGAAGUGGUUGAAGAGGGAGACUGCGCCCAUUUGA